AUGCAGGACAUCGUCUACGAGCUGAACAAAGUGGGGGCGGAGCUUGCCAAGAAGGCGGCCGCUGAGGUGACGAAGGAGGAGCCGCACAAGCCUCGCUUUGUGGCCGGUGCCAUUGGCCCCACGAGCAGGACGCUGUCCGUGUCUCCCAGCGUCGAGGACCCGUCUUUCCGCAACGUGACGUGGGACGAGCUGGUCGAUAGCUACAAGGAGCAGGUCAAGGGCUUGGUCGAUGGCGGCGUGGACAUCGAAGAUACCAUCUUCGACACCCAGAACUCGAAGGCGGCGAUCUUCGCGGUGGACGAGUAUUUCAUAGAGACGGGCAAGGAGCGUCUGCCGGUCAUGCUGAGCGCCACCAUCGUGGACAACAGCGGCCGCACCCUGUCCGGCCAGACUAUCGAGGCGUUCUUCGUGAGCGUGAAGCAUGCCAAAGCGUUCACUGUAGGUAUCAACUGCGCGCUCGGGGCUGCGCAGAUGAAGAAGUUCUACAAGACGCUCGUGGACAUGAACCCUGGGUGGUGCCACGUCUACCCCAACGCCGGCCUUCCGAACGCGAUGGGCGGCUAUGACGAGGACCCAGAAAUCUUCUCCACGAACAUCUACGACUAUGCCAAGGACGGUUUGUUGAAUUUCGUUGGUGGAUGCUGCGGCACGUUCCCGUCGCACAUCGCCGCAGUGGCCAAGAAGGUGAAGGAUUGCCCGCCGCGUAAGCUUCCUGAGCUGCCUAAGUACCCAUCCAUGCAGCUGUCGGGCUUAGAGCCUUGCAUCCUGGCAGAGGACAGCGGGUUCCAGUGGGUUGGCGAGCGCUGUAACUUGAUGGGCUCGGCCAAAUUCAAGAAGCUCGUCGACGCCUACAAGUGGGACGAGGCCAUGGAAGCGUGCCUGGCCCAGUGCGAGAAGAAGGCCGACAUCCUGGACUUCAACUUCGACUCUGACCUGAUCGAUGGCCAGUCGGCUAUGGGUAAAUUCAUGCGCCUGUGCGUCACCGAGCCAAACGUAGCGAGACUGCCAUUCAUGAUCGAUUCUUCCAAGUGGCCUGUGAUAGAGGAGGGCCUCAAGUGUGUCCAGGGCAAGAGCAUCGUAAAUUCAAUCUCCCUGAAGGUCGGUGAGGAGGAGUUCCUGAGACAGGCGAAGCUGUGCAUGCGCUACGGUGCUGCCGUGGUUGUCAUGGCAUUCGAUGAGCAGGGCCAGGCAGCCACGCUGGAAGAUAAGGUGCGCAUCUGCCAGCGCAGCUACAAGCUGAUGCGUAGGAAGCUUGACUUCCCCCCUGAGGAUAUCAUAUUCGACUGCAACGUGCUCACCAUCGCGACUGGCCUUCCUGAGCACAACUCCUACGGCAUUGACUUCAUCAACGCGGUCGCAGAGAUCAAGCGCACGUGCCCUUGCGUCUCGUUUAGCGGGGGCCUCAGCAAUUUGUCCUUCUCUUUCCGCGGCCUCAACUCGGUCCGCGAUGCCAUGCACACCGUCUUCCUGUACCACGCGAUCCCGAAGGGUCUCAACAUGUCCAUCGUGAAUCCCGGCGGCCUGCCGCGGUACUGCGACAUUGACGAGAAGACCAGAGCGUUGUGCGAGGAGGUGAUUUUGAACAAGUCCUCUGAUGGCAAACACGUGGAGCGUUUCCUCGAGUUCGCAGAGCUCGUCAAGAACCCGCCCAAGGGUGCUGGUGCGGCCCCCGGCGAAGCCGCGGGAGGCAACACAGGCAAGGACGCGUGGCGCAACGGAACCUACACCGAGCGCCUGCACCACGGACUGAUCAAUGGCAUCGACAAGUUCAUCGAUGGAGACGUGGAGGAGGCCCGCGCGGACCUGAAGGUGCCUCUGCAUGUCAUCGAGGGGCCGCUGAUGCAGGGCAUGGGCAUCAUCGGCGACCUCUUCGGCGCGGGCAAGAUGUUCCUCCCGCAGGUCAUCAAGAGCGCCCGCGUGAUGAAGAAGGCGGUGGCUUACCUGACACCCUUCAUGGAGGAGGAGAAGCGCGCAGCGGCCCUCGCAAACGGAGAAGACCCUGACCAGCCGAAGUGGAACGGAGUUGUGCUGAUGGCGACCGUAAAGGGCGACGUGCACGACAUCGGCAAGAACAUCGUUGGCGUUGUCUUGGGCUGCAACAACUACAAGGUGAUCGACAUGGGAGUUAUGGUUCCUUGCGAGAAGAUCCUGGAGAGGGCGGUCCAGGAGAGGGUUGAUGUCAUAGGCCUGUCUGGUCUUAUCACGCCCUCGUUGGAUGAGAUGGUGUACGUGGCUGAGCAGAUGCAAGCCAAGGGGCUGAAGAUGCCGCUCAUGAUCGGAGGAGCUACCACAUCGAAGCGCCACACAGCCGUCAAGCUCGCGAAGAAGUACGAUAAUGGCGUCAUCCACGUGCUGGACGCUUCUCGGAGCUGCACUGUGGUGAGCAGCGUCCUGUCCAGCGAGAAGCAGAAUUACCUGGAAGACAUCAAGGAUGAGUACACCGAGAUACGGGAUGAAUAUUACGCUACCCUGAUCGAUAAGAAGUGGAAGACCCUGGCAUUUGCGCAGGAGAAGAAGCCCAAGAUAGACUGGUCGAAGAUCCCACCGAAGCCCAGCUUCCUUGGGAACCUCUGCAUCAAGAAUCACCCGAUAACCGAGCUCAUUGAGUACAUCGAUUGGACUCCCUUCUUCCAGGUGUACCAGCUUCGAGGCAAGUACCCCAACCGCGACUACCCCGCUAUCUUCAAGGACGAGCGCGUAGGGCCGGAGGCCAAGAAGCUGUUCGCAGAGGCCAAGGAGAUGCUCGACUGGAUAGUUAAGGAGGACAUUCUGAAGGCCACUGGUGUGGUGGGCAUCUGGCCAGCAAAUUCAGUGGGCGACGACAUCGAGGUCUACUCCGACGACGAGCGCACCACAGUUUCGUGCAAGUUUUACGGCCUCAGGCAGCAGCUAGAUAUGGGAGAAUCCACGUACUGGUGCCAGAGCGACUUCAUCGCCCCGAAAGGUGAGGCCCCCGACUACAUCGCAGCGUUCGCGAACACUGGAGGUUUGGGCUGCCACGAGCAAAGGAAGAUCUUCGAGGACAAGGGCGAGAUUGACAAGGCCAUCCUCCUCGAGGCGCUCGCAGACCGCCUGGCCGAGGCCUUUGCAGAGCUGAUCCAUCUGAAGAUCAGGACCACGCUGUGGGGCUACGCGCCAGAUGAGAAACUGUCCCUGGAGGAUCUGCUGAAGGUGCGGUACCAGGGCAUCCGGCCCGCUCCCGGCUACCCCUCACAGCCGGACCACCGCGAGAAGAAGACGAUGUGGGACCUCCUGGACAUAGAUCGCCUGACAGAGGGCGAGCUGACCCUCACGGAGUCGUACAUGAUGCUGCCCGGCGCCUCGGUCUCGGCGCUGGUGUUCGCCCACCCAGAGGCGAAGUAUUUCUCCGUGGGCCAGGUGAACAAGGACCAGGUGGAGUCGUACUCGGCGCGGCGCGGCGAGGGCGGCGUCGAGGGCACCGAGCGGUGGCUCGGCAGCACCGUCCUCGGGUACGAGAAGAAGUCCGCGAACGUCUUGGAGGCAGGUGCCGAGAUCGAGAAUGAGGUGGGCCUGCCCGGGCAGUGCCCGAGCCUGCCCAGGCAGUGCCCGAGCCUGCCCGGGCAAUGCCCGAGCUUGCCCGGGCAUUGCCCGAGCCGGCCCGGGCAGUGCCCGAGCCGGCCGGCCCGGGCAGUGCCCGAGCCGGCCCGGGCAGUGCCCGAGCCUGCCCGGGCAGUGCCCGAGCCUGCCCGGGCAGCGCCCGAGCCUGCCCGAGCCAGCCAAGAGAGCCCAGCCAGCCGCCCCAUGCCCGACAUUCCAAAAUACGAUUGCCCCGAGCCGCCCGAGCCGCUUCUGCGCAACAUCACGCGGUGGAGCGACCUGCCGUUCGUGCAGCAGUCCAGCCAGCAGAUCGCCUCACUGGUGCUGCUCGUUAUCAAUUCCGUGCUGCUGCCGGAGCUUAUUCAUCGGAUGGCCUCCGCCGUCAGGGAGCACAGGCACUCCAGGGCGGAGAUACUCCAGCUUCACCUGAAUUUUGUUUUUCUUGGAAUCAACACCUUGCUUAUCCCCCUGACGGGCUACAGCAUUAUCGAGAUCGCGAAAGUCUAUUUCCAGCAUCCCUUCCGGAAUGCUUGGUGGCAGGAGGGGCGAACAACGAGUCGCUUCUCGGUUGGGCCUGGCUCCAGAUCGGCGAGGGAUGCGCGUUUCAUACGUUUCGGAACACGAAGUGGUCGUUUUUCUUGCGUUACAUCAUGA